GCAAACCAAGAAACGAUCCAAGAUGCGGCGCGAGGGGCGGCAGCGAGGGUGGGUGCGCGUGUACGACCGCGCCCUGGUCGACCCGGAGGGCAAGCGCCGGGCCGUGCACGUCGUGGAUGGCCCCGUGGUGGCCAACGGCGGCUUCAUCAGGGCGCCGCGGAAGCCGACCAACCAGUCCAAGUCCGGCGGCCUCCGCGCGCUCGGCAGGGACGCCCUCGUGCAAGAGGACGAGGAGGAGCGGCAGCUCCAUCCGCCGCUAGGCGCCGGGCAUUCCGGGUACUACUGCACAACGACGUGCCAGUCACCCUUCAGAUUCGAGGCCGUGCCGUAUGGAUGGAGGUACGACGCCUUCGCGCCCGAGGAAGUGCAAGCUCCUCGUCCGCCGCCGGCAGCGCGUUCCGGGGGUAGAGGAGCGUCCUGCAAAGGGAGCCGCAAGUUCAAGCACAGCGAGAUCAAGAUGUACUACGUCGACGCGGCCGAUGACGUCGAUGGGCGCCUAGAUUAUCUCUGUGACUUCGAUUCAUGAUUUCCCCCUUUGUUUUCCAAAGUUCAAAAAGAGGAGUUGUAAACUAGUACUGUAGAUCCGAUGGAUGUGUGUAUCUUUGUCCCUUCUGUUAUCAAUGCAGGUGCGUGCUCUAAUGAAGAUCAUGUUGUUAUUUUUCUC